AGCGAGAGAGAGAGAGAGAGGUGUCCGUCGAGCUCUCUCUCUCUCUUCGGUCUCGCUCUUCCAGGAAGGGAUUAUUAACCAGCGCGCUGCCGACAUGUGAAGGGAAAACACACGCAGACAAAAGAAGUUUUCACACCGACGACCACGCUAUGGACCCGGCCAGCAAAUAAAGGAAGGAAGAGGAAGAAAAAAAAAGGAAAAGAAGCGGGCUACAUGAAAAAAACAACUUCUCCCACAAACACAAGCCGAGCAGUCGGGCUGCCGCUCGCGCUGCAGCUGUGCGGGUUUCUAUAAGAAAGGAAAGAAGAUAAAGAACAGCGCGCGACGGAAAAGUGGAGAGAAGUUGACUGGAGAUAAUGUCUGAAUCCUCCUCCGCUGCGAACAAGCAGGAGAGGAGCUCUUUCAGUCCUUCCGCGAACCCGCUGCCAAACUCUACUUCCUCCCCCGUCCAUGCUCCCGCCGCGAGGCCAGCCAGCCGAAUGGAGGACGAGGCUGCCAGGCUGCCUGCGCACCUGCGUCUGCAGCCAGUCUUUUGGAGCAGGGACGACGUGGCCCAGUGGCUACGAUGGGCUGAGAAGGAGUUUGCCCUGCGCCCGAUCACCAGCGGUUCUUUCCAGAUGAAUGGCAAAGCCCUGCUGCUGCUUACCAAGGAGGACUUCCGCUACCGAUCCCCUCCCUCUGGGGAUGUCCUGUACGAGCUGCUGCAACAUAUCCUGAAGCAGAGGAAGUCUCAUGUGUUUUAUCCGUCUGGUUACUUCCCUGGGAACUCCUUCCAUUCGCUGCCUGAAAGCGCUGUGCAGCACCUGAAGCUCGAAGAAACGGUACGACGGGGACCACGUGGUACAGAACCCAUCCCCCAGCAUCCACCAACCAUCGAACUGCGGCACCGCUCCCGCUCGCCGCACCACCCGGCCCCGCGACGAUCUCCCACCGAGCCGAACCACCCUCGCCCCGCCAAUGAGGACUCCCUGCAAACCUUCUCCCAGCUGCCCGACAGCAAUCACCACCUGCCGGAGGAAAUGUACCCGUUGUCGGUGUCCCCGGCUGCACCCAACGGGCGCUGCGCUACACCCAGAGAAGCCCCCUGUCCAGGCAGCCCCGGGGGCCAGGAGGCAGGCCCUCCUCGCGUCAUCCAACUCAUGCCCAGCGCCAUCAUGAACCCUUUGCUCCUCAGUCCGAACAGGAGUGGCGGGGCUGCUGGCAUGGACUUCAGGCACAACCGCGGGGGACCCCUGUCUCAGGUGACGCUGGAGAACGGCCGCGAGGGGAAAGUCCACGGACACCAUCAUCAGCUAGCCCAGCAGCACCAACAGCAGCAUCAGCAGCAACAACAGCAGCAGUUACUACAGCAGCAGCAGGAGGAGGCGCUCUACAGGAACCACGUCAUCAUGCCCGUGUCUCCUCCAGAGGAGCAGCAGAUGCCCAUUGGGCGGAUAGCAGACUGCAGGCUGCUGUGGGACUACGUCUACCAGCUCCUUUCAGACAGCAGGUACGAGAACUACAUCCGCUGGGAGGAUCCGGAAAGCAAAGUCUUCCGCAUCAUGGACCCCAACGGCCUGGCCAGGCUCUGGGGGAAUCACAAGGUACAUACACACACGGUGUUCAGUGGUUAUGUGCAGUGCAUAUAAAAGAGCAGCACAACAGAAGGGACUUUAUCGUCAUUCCUGCAACCAUAAAGCUGCACUAACUCGUUUUUUCUUAUAAAACAUCAGGACAGAGACUUCAUUAAUUAAGCACCUUAAUCACUGAAUAGUGAACUUUUGUUUUUUGGGGUUUUUUCCAACAAUUUUGUCGACUUGUUUCAGUUU